CAGAUCAUUCAUCACUUGUUUUAAUGCUCCCAACGGGAUGUAUAGCGUAGAUAACGCUGGGACAAGGUCCGGUUGUCAUCGGCGCGGGGCACAUCAAAAGGUAUCUAUCCACAGAUCGAUACUGUUCUCGCCACCACAGCCACGUGGAUUCCAAGAUCUCUUUCAAAAUCUUGACCUCCACCUCGCGGACGAAUUUCAGGGCCGUACAUGGACAUGUCCUCGCUCUCCGUGUCGCGCAUCAGAUCUCCUUAGAUCUCCUCCACCGCGAUGUCCAGGGCAUAGGUGGCUGUUUUCUGUUUGUGUGAGCAUGGCCAUUCGCCGCGCCCAAUAGUCUCACAGAAUGAGGAGAAGAUAUGAUGUAUGCCAUGGAUCGAAGCAGCCAAAGAACGCUCGAGAGCCCAGAUUAUAAAAAGAUGACAGACCGCGAGCAUUCCUCAUCCACCAUCUGCUCACCUCGACUCAACAGUUCGUCUUACUCUCAUCCCGUUAUACCCAACAUGGUCGUCACAAUCGGACUGUACAAUCACAAUGGGAUGAUUGGGUCUCAGAUCUUGAAGCAUCUCCUAACUCGAGCUCAGCAAGGGUCCAUUAGGCUCGUUGUCCUGCAUCGUCGGACAUCAAACACCAACUCGAUCCCGGAGCACGCCAAUAUCGAAAAGCGGGUGGUCGAUCUGGAAACACCGGACAAGAAGCUGAAUGAAAAGAGUGUAAAGGGCAUUCAUGUUCUGAUUUCCGCUGCCAGUAACAAGGACAGGAUUGGUAGAGCGGAGCUGGUAGAGACGCUCGCUUCGAGUGAUGAUCUGAUCACCUUCGUUCCUACCGAUUAUGGUCUCGUAUGGACAAACUACCUGCCCAAAUGGCUGAACUUAGGCUUUGUCAAGGGCAAGGCGAUGUUGGAUGAACGCGCCAAGAGCCUAGGAAUCAACCUCACGAAUUUCCGGUCCGGCUGUCAGACGCCUUGGAUGUUCACAAGGGAUCACGGCGACUUUGGCAUCAACGUGAAAGGGAACUAUCUGAUCAGAUACGGUGACACCAUGCAGAAACGAUUACCGAUAACUUCGCCCGCCUGGCUCGGAGAGAAAGUCGCAGAGAUCGUCAGCUCCCAUGAUCCACACCAGCUUGCCGACAGGUCGUUCUCCCUAGUUGAGACAUGGGCGACAGGGAACGAAAUCAAGGAGGCAUUCACGAGGAUACAUGGCAAAGAACCAGCCGUGCAAGAGAUCGACGAACAGCACUUUCAGGAAAAGAUGGACAAGGGGAUCUCGGAAUCCAUGGGAGCCGGGAUAUGGCUAAAGUGGCGUGACAACAACUGGGAGUUUGAUGGAGAGAUGAUCAAUGGUACCAGGAGUGUAGAGGAGCUUGCUAGGGAGCAGCUGUGACGUGAAGGCGCACGAUGUCUUUCGCACUAUGCAUGGACAGCAGCAGGGUUAAGCUGCAGCUGCUUUUCAUGGCCG